AUGGCUGUCGCUAUAUCACCGUCCGACUGUUCGAAUCCGUACCCGUUCGGUGUUGCUAAUUCUUGGGAGACCUUGUCCUCUGGGCCGCUUUCUAUGGUUGGCGUUAUGUCUUACCAUUAUCCACCACUACACUCUGAUGACAAUGAGAUGGGCAUACCGCCGCCUCCGAGCUUUAUACCCUCAUACACAAUUCCUUCACAGCAACUUUCAUCUUUGCCGACGGUUGAUCAGCAAGCUCCUCCCCUACUGAGUCAACAGCAUGGCAUGGAUAUGAAGGGGGUACACUCAGCGCCCAACGGUGUUUCUUUACUUGCUACAGAGGCCGAUGGGCAACAGCAACAGAGUGGAAGCUUGGGAGAAAAGAAAAGGAACAAAUUGGGCUACCACCCUACUGUACCAUCUCCAAUAAGUAAGACACCCGUUGAAACGCCAAACCAGGCGCCAGCCAGCUGGAUGAUCACGGCGCCUGAUCAGAGCCCAAGCACAUCGUCAGAAAUAAGUGCGCCUUGGCAAACCUAUGCCUCGGGGUCGCCAAUGAGCACACAAUUUUCGCCAUUUACAUCUGUAGCACAAUCUCCGUCUGGCUGGCCACCAGGGACCUCGGAAUCCAUACCUCAAGGAAACGUUGAUACGGCUUGGGGUCAUUUCGCACCACCGACACGGUCCAUGUCGUACGGGGGAGAGCCCUUAAACAAUAGCCACCCUUCGCAAUACUCGUUGAUGGCCCCGGGGCGACAAUUCGAGCGAAGACCGUCUGCCUUGUCCGACGCAUACACCACUUCUAUGAAUGGUGUCGUUCCUGGGUUUGAUGGCUCGAACGUGAGCACACCAAUACCCUUCCCCUCUGGGGCAGUACCUCCUACGAACUACACAUCCUGGGAACAAACAAACGCAUACACCGAUUACACAUAUAUGAAGGGCAAUGAAGCCUAUGGCCAUGAUUGGUCGCAGGCGAAUAGGGGGCAGGAUCAAGGGCUCCAGCUCGCCAAUGAUGGGCAGCAAGUCAUGAAUAACGCGCCACCAAUGAAUUUAUAUCAAUCACAAUAA